GGUGGAUCCACAGGAGCAGACUGACAUCCAGGUGGAGGCAUCAAUUUGGGGAAGCUCCCAUUUGAGGAAAACCACCCAGUGCGCAUGCGUGGAACAUUCGAUCACUGCUACUGUAGCUAACGGCUAGCUACGAAGCCAGUCAACAUGGAGAGAAAAGUUUUGGCACUCCAAGCGAGGAAGAAGAGGGCGAAAGCAAAGAAAUCCACUAAAAAGCAGACGGCCCAACCCAGAACUCAGCAGCAGCCACAGCCAGAAGCCUCGCCCCAGGAACCUGAGGAGGAAAUCCUCGGCUCAGAUGAUGAGGAGCAGGAGGACCCCAAUGACUACUGCAAGGGCGGCUAUCACCAUGUGAAAAUAGGAGACCUUUUCAACGGGAAAUACCAUGUGAUUCGGAAACUGGGCUGGGGGCAUUUCUCCACCGUGUGGCUGGCCUGGGACAUCCAGGUGAAGAGGUUUGUUGCCAUGAAGGUGGUGAAGAGCGCAGAGCACUACACAGAGACAGCAGUCGAUGAGAUUAAACUCCUCAGAUCUGUAAGAAACUCAGACCCCAAUGAUCCCAACAGAGAGAUGGUGGUCCAGCUGCUAGAUGACUUUAAGAUCUCUGGUGUCAAUGGAACUCAUGUGUGUAUGGUCUUUGAGGUCUUGGGACAUCACCUGUUGAAGUGGAUCAUCAAAUCUAAUUACCAAGGCCUGCCUCUUCCAUGUGUUAAGAGCAUCAUAAGACAGGUUCUCCAAGGCCUAGAUUACCUGCACACAAAGUGCCAGAUCAUCCACACAGACAUUAAGCCGGAGAAUAUCUUGAUGAGCGUUGAUGAGCCAUACAUCAGGAGGCUGGCAGCCGAGGCCACAGAGUGGCAGAGGGCCGGGGCGCCUCCUCCCUCCGGAUCAGCAAUAAGCACAGCGCCCACACCAAAACAAACAGCAAAAAUGUCUAAGAACAAGAAGAAGAAAUUAAAAAAGAAGCAGAAACGUCAGGCGGAGCUGCUGGAAAAGUGUAUCAUGGACCUGGAGGAGAUGGAAAAGACCCCAGAUCUUCGAGAGGAGGAAGAGGAUGAGGACGAAGAGCCGCAGUCACCCAAGGCCAGGGCGUGUGCUCCUCUCAGACAGGUGUCUCUUCAGGACAUAGGAAAUGAGGAAUCAGCAGGGAGCAGUGUUAACGCAGAUUUGAUGAGGAUGGGACCAGAGGGGCUGCCAGAGGUGAACUGUAAUGGCAUUUCCCAUGUGGAGGCAAAGGAGAGGAAGGACCAGUGGAGGGACGAAGACCAACACAACGGUAACACAGGAACCGCAGAGGAAUGUGCCACUCAGGGGGAACUCCAGGAGUCCCCUGUUCACCCCAUCUGCAACGGUGUGGACUCUGUGGAGCUCAAGGAGCUGGACAUUGACACUGAAGACAGAGGAGCUUUCAGCAGUGAGGAUGAGAGAGGAUCUCCUGGUGGGCUGGAGGAGGGAGAACUGGAGCAAAUCCGGUGUCGAGAGGCAGAGGAGGGGCGUAACUGUCAAUAUGGAAUCCAGGAGGGCCUGAGAAACGGCAAGGUAGCAGCAGGAGCCUUGCUAGUCAACCCCCUUGAGCCACUCAAUGCAGACAAGAUCAAGGUCAAGAUUGCAGACUUAGGAAAUGCCUGCUGGGUGCACAAGCACUUUACAGAGGACAUCCAGACACGGCAAUACCGGUCCUUAGAGGUGCUUAUUGGCUCUGGAUACAGCACGCCAGCUGAUAUAUGGAGCACAGCUUGCAUGGCCUUUGAACUGGCCACAGGCGACUACUUAUUUGAACCACAUUCUGGCGAAGAUUAUUCCAGGGAUGAAGACCACCUCGCUCUCAUUAUUGAGUUGCUUGGUAAAAUCCCGCGACACUAUGCUCUGAGUGGGAAAUUCUCACAGGAAUACUUCACCAAGAGAGGUGACUUGAAGCACAUCACCAAGCUGAAGCCCUGGGGACUGCUGGAGGUGCUGGUUGACAAGUACGAGUGGCCCGAAGAAGCACAGUGCUUCACUGACUUCCUGCUUCCCAUGCUGGAGCUCGUCCCCGAGAAGAGAGCCACUGCGGCAGAGUGCCUGCGCCACCCCUGGCUCGCCCUCUAGUGGAGCCCUCCAGCCAUUGCACCUCCCUUUCCCCUCUCUCCAGAGACUGCAACAGAUCACUUUCCAGUUUGGGCAUAUCAGAUGAAUAUUUAUUUCUCUUUUGUUUUCAUUGUUUUGGAUUUCUUAUGUUUUGUUGUUAAUGCUUCUAUGUAUGUUUGCUUUGUAUUGUUGGUUCUUCUCUCCCUUUGUGCUGAUGAUGCUAGGAAUCCAGUGGGUUGUAUUAUUGUUGUUAUGUUGGCUCAAACUGCUGUGCUCCAUUCACCAAUUUAAGCAAACCUGUUAUUGUAAUGCUAGUGACUCAUCCUUGUUUGGUUUCACUCCUGCACUAAACCCCAAACAAAUCAAGGAUAUGUAGCCUUUAUUGCUCAGUUUUGUUUCCAUAAAAAGGACUUGACAUCCACUUUUUUUCUCGCAAUUUCAUUAGUGUUUUUUUUUUUUGUUGUUGUUUUUUUUUUUUUUUAUGAAUUGUUUUAUCUUAUAUUACACAUUUAAGUCAUAUAUUUUGUAUUUGUAAAGUAGUGUUAGGAAGUUGCACACUGGGCUGACAUAUUUACACUGACCGUAGUCAUCUUAUACACAGCAUUUCUGCAGACAGCAUCACUUGUUUAAGUUUAUUGAGACAUCCACUGUCUGAAAAUGUAGGCCAUAUUUAGUCAUAGUAAAAUCUGUUAUCAGCUGGUAUCUAGUGUGGUCAGUCAAUUGUAAUAAACAAGAUCUUUCAUUCUCAUGGGAGGCUGGUAUUCUCAUACACUUAUUACAAUUCAGGAAUAUAAUGUUUGGGAAGGUUUCAACAACAUGAUAUGUUAAGAGGCCCAAUUUAAAGGAAAAUAAGUGAAAAUAAACUCUGUAUAUACCUGUACCAAAGAGUUUGCCUUUAUGUAUAUUACAGUUGUGUACAGUUUUUAACAAAUCUCACUAUGUCUUAGGUGAAAGUACUUAGCGGGUAGUUGUUUUAAUAAAAGUGUUUGGAAGAAGUGUUCAAGCUCAUUUGUAUGUAUGGCCAACUGUUCAAUAAUUCCCUUUUUCCCCAUAGAAUUGGUGAGGCGUGAUGAUGCAACUGUAUCCCAGAAUUAUCACAUCAGAUUAAUAUAUGCAUCAUGUAUUUAGGCUAAGGUUCAGGUAGAUACACACAGUUUGAGUUACCGUCAAGAUUCAAGAGCUUGUAGAUGUGUGUGAGAUGUCAAUUUGCAGAACUUUGUACUACACACCAUACAAUAAAACAUGUUCGUACUGUA